CCCGUCCCGUUUUGGCAUUUUGAAGUUAGGACUUUAUGAAUUCACAAGCCCAAAUUCCAUCCAAAGCUAGCUGGAUCUGAAUAACUGUUUUGCUUUCACUCUCGGAAAAUUACUCCGGCGAACAAAUGGAAUCAUCAUCACUGCUCUUCAACCAGCUCAAGGCAGCAGAGCCAUUUUUCUUACUAGCAGGUCCAAAUGUGAUUGAAUCUGAGGAUCACAUUCUUUACAUGGCCAAACACUUGAAGAAUAUCACUUCAAAACUUGGGUUGAAGUUUGUGUUCAAGUCGAGCUUUGACAAGGCUAAUCGAACCUCGUCAAAAUCAUUCCGUGGUCCUGGCUUGGCUGAAGGCUUGAAGAUCCUUGAAAAGGUGAAAACAAUAUAUGACAUACCCAUUGUAACUGAUGUUCAUGAAUCUAUUCAGUGUGAAGCAGUUGGCCGGGUUGCAGAUAUAAUUCAAAUUCCUGCUUUCUUAUGUAGGCAGACCGACCUACUUGUUGCAGCUGCCAAGACUGGAAAAGUUAUUAACAUUAAGAAGGGCCAGUUUUGUGCCUCUUCAGUGAUGGUAAAUUCUGCUGAAAAAGUGAGAUUAGCUGGAAAUCAAAAUGUCAUGGUGUGUGAGAGAGGAACAAUGUUUGGCUAUAAUGACUUGAUUGUAGAUCCCCGGAACUUUGAGUGGAUGAGGGAGGCCAAUUGCCCUGUUGUUGCUGAUAUAACUCAUUCAUUACAACAGCCAGCAGGCAAAAAGCUGGAAGGUGGUGGUGUUGCUAGUGGCGGUCUUCGUGAAUUAAUUCCUUGUAUUGCCAGGACAGCUGUUGCUGUAGGAGUAGAUGGAUUAUUUAUGGAGGUGCACAAUGAUCCCCUGAGUGCUCCAGUUGAUGGUCCAACACAGUGGCCUCUGCGUCAUCUGGAGGAACUACUAGAAGAGCUUGUUGCGCUUGGUAGAGUUAGCAAGGGGAAGCAGCAGUUCAAAAUUGAUCUCACUCCAUUUUGUGACUAGAGCACAGAAGUUUGGCUAUCAAUGAUUCUGCAGAGAAGAUGUCUCCAGUCGUUUUAGCUUACAUGUGGUGAUGAGCUUCCUGCAUUUUUAGUUUUCUACUUGAAGACAUUACACAGCGUGUAUCCGUUACUAUACUGAACAUUAUUAAUUUUUCACUGUUCAUUGUAAUUUGAUCCAAGACUGAUUCACUGUUGAGAGUUGUAACACUUCCAGUGCAUUUAGAACACUGUUCAUUCUAAAGAUGCUCUUUUUGGACUUCCUUUAAACCUUUCGGUACCAUAUGUUACACUUUUGUAAGAAAUUCAUGCUAUUUAACUUACACUGUGAAUUCAUUCAA